AUGCAUGCUCUCACUUUGGUGUUUAAAAUCCAGAAUGGUGCUAUGCUGCACAGCAGUCCUCUUUUACGUCAUUUAGGAAGGUUGGUUGAAGCCAAGAAACAAACCUUUUCUUCGUUUGAUGAAUUGCUAGCAAAUUCUGACAAACCUAUAUUGGUUGAUUUCUAUGCAACUUGGAGGAAAGUCUUAUUGUGUGGUCCUUGUCAAUUUAUGGCUCCUAUUCUGAAUGAAGUAAGUGCUGUAAUGAGUGAAAAGAUCCAGCUGGUGAAAAUUGAUACUGAGAAAUACCCAAGUAUUGCUAACAAGUAUCGAAUAGAGGGCUUGCCUACUUUUAUCAUAUUCAAGGAUGGAGAACCAUAUGAUCGCUUUGAGGGGGCGUUGACUGCAAAACAGCUAAUUGAACGCAUUGAGUCUGCACUAAAAGUCAAGCAGUUUGAGAGGGAUAUUGAUGAUGUAAUCUAG